CUCAGCCUGAGCUCGGUUGGGAAUCACGACACGUGCAUUUGUUUCUGGGACAGCCAGACAAGAGAGCUACUUGGAAAAAGGGAUCCCUUCCCGUUUGCUGCACGUUGUCUCCAUACAGUUCCAGGAAUUGGCUGACAAAUAUUGACCAGCCUGCUGUGGCUUCAAGCACCACUUUCCCUUGGGUCGGAGGCCACGCGGCACUGCUGACGGCUCUGCAUCCCGGGCACCUCGCUGUCCGGGCACCUCGCUAGGAUGGGGCCAGCCUGGCUGUGGCUGCUGGGCACAGGGAUCCUGUCCUCUGUUCAUUGUCGGCCCUUUCCUGCCCAUGGAGAUAAGAGUCUGCGGGUGCCUCAGACCCCCAGGGAGCAGCUGUCAGAGGCAGCCCCAGCCUACCGCAAAAUCACGCCCACCAUUACCAACUUUGCUCUGCGUUUGUAUAAGCAGCUGGCAGCAGACAGCCCGGGAAACAUCUUCUUCUCUCCCGUGAGCAUCUCCUCCACCCUGGCCCUGCUGUCUCUUGGGGCUCAGGGAGACACCCUGACUCAGGUCCUGGAGGGCCUGGGCUUCAACCUCACGGAGACCCCGGAAGCCGACAUCCACCAGGGCUACCAGAGCCUAAUCCAGACCCUUGACCAGCCCAGCCCCAAACUUGAACUGAAAGUAGGAAACUCCCUGUUCCUGGACCAGCAGCUGAAGCCGCAGCAGCAGUUUCUGGACCGCAUCAAGGAGCUCUACGGUGCGUUCGCUUUUUCUGCCAACUUCACGGAUUCCGUCACAACUGGGAGGCAGAUUAACGACUAUGUGAGAAGGCAAACGUACGGGCAAGUCGUGGACUGCCUGCAAGAGUUCAACCAAGACACGCUCAUGGUUCUCCUGAAUUACAUCUUUUUCAAAGCCAAGUGGAAGCAUCCUUUCAGUCGCUACCAGACCCAGAAGCAGGAGAGCUUCUUUGUGGGUGACAAGACCUCUGUCCAGGUCCCCAUGAUGCAUCAAAAGGAAAUGCACAGAUUCCUCUAUGACCCAGAAGUGGCUUGCACCGUCCUCCAGAUAGAAUACAGUGGAAACGCCUUGACCCUGCUGAUCCUUCCUGACCCAGGGAAGAUGAAGCAGGUGGAGGCUGCUCUUCAGCCAGAGACUCUGAGAAAAUGGGACCAAUUGCUCCUGCCCAGUCUGUUGGAUUUGCAUUUGCCACGGUUUUCAAUUUCUGGAACAUAUAACCUGGAAGACAUACUUCCCCAAAUUGGUCUCACCAACAUAUUCAGUUUAGAAGCUGACUUCUCAGGAAUCACUGGAAAUCUCAACAGAACCAUCUCCAGGGUAUCACACAAGGCGGUGGUGGACAUGAGUGAGAAGGGGACUGAGGCAGGGGCUGCUUCAAGCCUCCUCUCCCAGCCCCAGCCUCUGAAUGCAACUUCAGCUCCACGUGCCCAUUUCAACAGGCCUUUCCUCUUGCUCAUUUCUGAUGUGACCACCCAGAGCUUACUCUUCCUGGGAAGAGUUGUCAACCCAGCUGCAGGGUGACUGUUGUGGGAGGCCAGAGGGUGUCUUGUUUCUUUCCAGACCAAACAGGAAAGUCAGCACCUACCUGCAUCAUGGAGCUGUUGUGAGGAUCAGUAACCAAGGGUGCAAAGAGUCUAAUAAAGUUGACCUUAGGUGUUAUGAACAUUGAA